UUUUCGUCCUGGCUUCCGCUGCGGUCUGUCUCCCCCUGCUGGUCUGGUGUGGUACUACAGAAUCCGCGGGGCGCCAUGUUGGCCCGGGCUUAAGCAGCAGUGGAGUGGUUCACCGGACGGGCCGGAGCCUGUAACCGGGACCCGAGGGCGCUACUGCCGGCGCCCCAUGGUUGAGGAGUUACCGCUGGACCUCCCAGGGCAGAGCGGACCGCGGCGGGCGGUUCCGGCCGUAUUGGAGCCAUGACUUCGUUGACUCAGAGAGGUUCGGGCCUCGUGCAGAGGCGGACCGAAGCUUCGCGCAGUGCCGCAGACAAAGAGCGCUCGCUGGGCGAGGAGGAUGAGCUCGCGAGCCGGUGCGCGGACACGCAGGACGACACUGGCGACUCCAAAGAAACCCGGCUGACCUUGAUGGAGGAGGUGCUGCUGCUGGGGCUCAAGGACCGAGAGGGCUACACCUCCUUCUGGAACGACUGCAUCUCUUCAGGCUUGCGGGGCUGCAUGCUGAUCGAGCUGGCUCUGAGAGGACGCCUCCAGCUGGAGGCCUGCGGCAUGAGGAGGAAAGGCCUUCUGACCAGGAAGGUGAUCUGUAAGUCCGACGCUCCGACAGGUGACGUCCUCCUGGACGAGGCCUUGAAGCACAUCAAGGACACGCAGCCUCCAGAGACGGUGCAGAGCUGGAUAGAGCUGCUGAGCGGAGAGACGUGGAACCCGUUGAAGCUGCACUAUCAGCUGAGGAACGUCCGCGAGCGUCUGGCCAAGAACCUGGUGGAGAAAGGCGUCCUCACCACGGAGAAGCAGAACUUCCUGCUGUUCGACAUGACCACACACCCGCUCACAAACAGCAACAUCAAGCAGCGCCUCAUCAAGAAGGUCCAGGAGGCGGUUCUAGACAAGUGGGUCAAUGACCCUCAUCGCAUGGACAAGCGCCUGCUGGCGCUCAUCUUCUUGGCCCAUUCCUCGGAUGUUCUGGAAAACGCCUUCGCGCCGCUGCUGGACGACCAGUACGAGCUGGCCAUGAAGAGGGUGAGGCAGCUGCUGGAGCUGCAGCCCGAGGGCGAGAGCGCCAAGCCCAACGCCAACGAGCUGCUCUGGGCCGUGAUCGCCGCCUUCACCAAGUGAACCUCCGCUCCGCGGCGGUUCUGAUGGUCUGCAGCCACUUUGGGCCGAGCCUCUUAGAUUAGGACCCGACCAACACUCACACCCACCUGGAUGUUGUGAGCGGACCGCCCCGCUCUCGUUCUCCAUCAUUCCUCUUUGUUUCUGGGCCUAACUAGUCGCUCUGCUAGAACUUAAACUCACAGAGGGGGGCGCCACAGGUCAGCCUGCCCCCGUACCAGUGCCUUUUAGUUUCAAGAGAACAGUCUUCACUGAGCACAUCAUGUAUGGUCAUGUGACAGCAGCUUCUGCUCCUCCCUUUGAGAAACACCCCAAAAUCUUCAAGAGAUCAAGUUUGUCAGUCAUGACUCAGAACUGGUUUGCAAAGUCGGGUUCUUGUUUAGUUAAGCUGCACUCGCGUUAGAUCGACUCAGUUAAAUUUGAUUUUAAUUCCUUUUCAAGCUUCCAUUCCUAAACCAGUGUUGCUUAAUUCUUUGCUUUAAACUUGACGUUGCAUUUUUGCACGGUUUCUCUGAGGGCCCAUCCACAUUAAAGCUGCAACAUCUCACAUCAGGCUCUGAACCACACUGCUUCUGUUAGGCUCUAAUGUAGCACCAUCUAAACCAAAAUGUUUCCAAAAGUAGAAGUGAGCACCUGUGACCUGCAGGCGAAGGGGGCGGAACAUCCCUGACUCAGCAGUGAGGAUCUGGUCAAACUGGCUCUGCCUGAGUCGGUCCCCGCCAGCCCAGUCAAGACUUCCUCACACUUCUGCCCAUUUUCUUACGCUGGGCACGGAAGCGGCGUGCGCUCCGUAAGACAUUGACGACUCUGCUCUAAAACGGACCCACAGGGGGCGCUGUCAGAGCAGGAGAGACCUGAGCCACGCUUCUGCAGCCGGAAUGAAGGGAAUCUUUCACGGUCUGUCUGCAUUAUUUUUGUAAUUCAUGAUGAAAUAUAUGUUUUGAUGGAAUAUCGAAAUGCUCCAUAAAUGUUUGUUGAAAUAAACCAGAAUUCAGUGAAAAUAAAAUCACUUGAUGAACACUAA